AUGAGCAAGGCUCUACUUGCUUUCGUUUGGAUCGCCGGUCCUUUGACAGGAACCCUCGUUCAACCCUACAUCGGCAUCUGCAGUGAUAACUGUCGCAUAUCAUGGGGGAAGCGAAAGCCGUUCAUGGUGGUCGGCGGUGCAGCGAGCGUUGUCUCCCUCCUUGCCUUAGCCUGGGUCCGAGAGCUCACAGAAGGCCUCCUUGGAGUAUUCGAUGUUGCACCGGGGUCCGAUGCGUCUCAGACAGUGGUUAUUGUGCUAGCCACUAUCCUGAUGUAUUGCUUGGACUUUUCUGUAAAUACUGUCCAAGCAGGUAUCCGGUGUUUCAUUGUUGAUAAUGCGCCCUCACACCAGCAGGAAUCAGCGAAUGCGUGGGCCAGCCGCAUGACUGGUCUGGGCAACAUCCUUGGAUAUAUUUUUGGAUACGUGGAUUUGCCCAAGUACUUCCCAUUAUUGGGCAACACGCAGUUUAAAGUGCUGUGCGCUUUAGCAUCACUAUCACUUAUCUGUACAUUGUUGGUCAGUUGUUCAUACAUCAAAGAACGAGAUCCACGACUGGAAGGACCUCCAUCCGGGGGCAACCCUGGCUUGGUUGCUUUCUUCAAGCAGGUCUUCAAGUCGAUCCGAUUUCUACCGCCAGAGAUAGCGAAGGUCUGCGAGGUCCAGCUGGCUGCUUGGGUCGGCUGGUUUCCUUUCCUGUUUUACUCGACCACAUACAUUGGACAGCUUUUUGUCAAUCCAAUUUUCGAAGCACACCCGGGGUUGUCGGAGCAUGACAUCAACAAAGCAUGGGAAGAAGCCACCCGCAUUGGGACAUUUGCACUUCUUGUUUACGCCAUUAUCUCCUUUGUGGCUAACCUGACCCUGCCGAUUCUUGUUGUGCCUACAUACAAGCCGAUCGUUGCCAGCGAGUCUGAAGUUUCAGAUGAUCAAUUGGAGGAGGAGCCUUUCCUCGGCGAUCGGAGGCGAUCAUCCUCAAUAGGAACGGCGAUGGAAGCACCUACCGGUAUCUCUCCUGAACCCAAAGGUGGAUACGCAGAAGGGGCUGGGUGGCUCUCCAAAUUACAGAUUCCAGGCCUUACCCUCCGCCGCGCUUGGUUGAUCUCGCAUGUCAAUUUUGCCAUCUGUAUGUUUAGUACGUUCUUCAUAUCGUCAUACCAAGCCGCUACCGUGGUUGUCGGGCUUGUUGGAAUCUCAUGGGCGUUGACGCUUUGGGCGCCCUUUGCCCUAAUCUCGGCGGAGGUAUCGCGCAUUGACACGGAGCGCCGGCUUCGACGCCAGCGGGCUGACGGUACGGUACCCAACACCAGCGUCUCCGCCACUCCGGCUACGGUUAGGGAAGACCUCGAACACGGGCACAAUGUGACCACUGAUAAAGGAGAAGAGGAUGAGAACCUGGCGCAGGCGGGCAUUAUCCUGGGGCUUCACAACGUUGCCGUGUCAGCGCCUCAGAUCCUCUCGAGUCUGAUCUCCAGUGCCAUCUUCAAGGCCUUCCAGAAACCUCGCGGGGAGCCAGCGGUGGACUCUGACACAGAUCCCGACGAUGCUGAUGCUCCCGAGGCCGGCACCAAGGAGUUCUUCAGCUCCUGGGCGCUCUUCAUCCUGAUCAUGCUGUUGAUGUUCGCGCUCUUCACCAGUUACAUACUACAACAGAAAAAGAUUCAGGCGGUCCAUGAAACAGUCCUGUCCAUCUUCGCGGGCAUGUUUGUCGGGUUGAUUAUACGCUUAAGCCCCGAAUCACCAAUUCAAGACAGUGUCGCGUUUGACUAUCAAUUCUUCUUCAACCUCCUCCUGCCUCCGAUCAUUCUGGCCUCAGGCUACGAGUUACACCAAGCAAACUUCUUCCGAAACAUCGGUACUAUCCUGACCUUUGCGUUUGCGGGGACCUUCAUUUCCGCCAUCGUGCUGGGUCUGAUUCUGUUUGUCUGGACGAGAAUUCCGUUGGAUGGGCUAGAUAUGACCUUCGUCGAGGCGAUCUCGGUGGGCGCUACGUUAUCGGCGACGGAUCCCGUUACCAUCUUGGCCAUCUUCAACCUAUACAAGGUCGAGCCCAAGCUCUAUACGGUCAUUUUCGGUGAAUCAAUCCUGAAUGACGCCAUCGCGAUCGUCCUGUUCGAGACCGCGCAAAAGUAUGCCGAUAGUGAGGCGGGCUCUCUGACUUUCUUGAACCUAUUUGAGGCUAUUGGGCUGUUCUUGCUCGUCUUCUUCGGAAGUAUGAUUGUCGGCGUUAUCGUUGGCAUCAUGACUGCCCUUGGUCUGAAAUAUACUCAUGUCAGACGCCAGCCGAAGAUUGAAAGCUGUCUGAUCGUGCUUAUUGCCUACGCCAGCUACUUCUUCUCCAACGGCGUCUACCUCUCCGGUAUUGUGUCUCUCCUGUUCUGCGGCAUUACCAUGAAACAUUAUGCGUACUACAACAUGUCCCGCCGGACGCAGUUGACGACGAAGUACCUCUUCCAAGUGAUGGCACAAUUAUCCGAGAACUUUAUCUUCAUAUACCUUGGGUUGGACCUUCUUGUCCAGAGGAAUUUACAGUUCAAGCCCUUAUUCAUUCUCGUGGCCGUUUUCGGUAUCUGUAUAGCCCGCUACCUGGCGGUGUUCCCAUUGUCUCGAGCGAUCAAUUGGUUCAUUCGGUACAGAGCCCGUCGCCGUGGCAUGGACGUUGCAGAUGAGCUACCUUUUGCUUAUCAAGCCAUGCUCUUCUGGGCGGGCUUGCGUGGAGCUGUUGGUGUGGCCCUAGCCGCCGGCCUAAAAGGUGUCAAUGCUCCAGCACUCCGUGCUACGGUACUUGUGGUCGUCGUGUUGACCGUGAUUAUCUUUGGUGGUACCACCGCUCGAAUGCUGGAGAUUCUCGGGAUCCGGACCGGUGUUGUGGAGGAAAUUGAGUCAGAUGAUGAGUUCGAUAUCGAGGUGACCAAUGGCGGCACAUAUUACAAACGCUCUGACACAGGCUUGGGAUACACUCCUCGCCGCAUUGAUUCGACCAUUCCUUUGGAUGGCAUUCCGCGGGGCGAGCUCGACCGCCACGAUAGCUACUCCAGUGGUAACAACCGUCGUCCCAGUCCUCCGCCGUCUGGCUCUCGAGGACAUUCCCGAAUGUACUCGAAUGCCUACAGUCAGCGAGACACCGCUCGUGACCGUUCCUCAACAGCUACUUUGUUGGGUGGUCGGCCUCGGAGCCACAGCGAGAGCAGCGCGGCAAGCGAGGAUGAAUUUGGAUUGAAGAAUAAUGGCAAGGGUCGUGCGACAGACGCCGAUCAGCUCGACGCCUUCGAUCUCGAUGUAGGUGAUGAGCCCUCGGAUGACGACCUUCCCCCUUCAGCUCCUACGUCUCGACUGCGGCGGUCUCCCUCGCAACCCCAACAGUAUUUGGGAGGGUCCCAGGACCAAACCCCGGCCAAUACCUCUCCUAUGCGACGCGAGACAACAUUGAGCGCAAGGGCGGCGAUCCGGGACCUCUUCUCAGGGGCAUCGGGAGACCACGCGGCGUGGUUCCGACAGCUGGAUGAAGAUUACAUCAAACCCCGACUUCUUUUAGAUCAGUCCAAUCACAAGGGCCCUGGUGCAGUCUGA